AUGAGUGAGACUACUGAGAGCGAGAAUGAAAAUGAGAGUGACAAUAAGAGCGAGAAUGAGAGUGAGAAUGAGAAUAAGAAAAGUGAGACUGAGAGUGAGACUGUUAGUGAGACUAAGAUUGAGACUGAGAGAAAGACUGAGAGUGAGACUGAUAGUGAGACUGAGAUUAAGACUCAGAAUGAGACUGAGAGUGUGAAUGUGAGUGAGAAUGAUAGUGAGACUGAGAUUGAGACUAAGAGUGAGAUUAUGAAUGAGACUGAUAGUGAGACUGAGAAAAGUGAGACUGAGAGUGAGACUGAGAUUGAGACUAAGAAUGAGACUGAGAGUGUGAUUGUGAGUGAGAAUGAUAGUGAGACUGAGAUUGAGACUAAGAGUGAGAUUAUGAAUGAGACUGAUAGUGAGACAGUGAGUGAAACUGAUAGUGAGACUGAGAGUGAGACUGAGAGUGAGACUGUGAGUGAGAAUGUGAGUGAAUUUGAUAGUGAGACUGACAGCGAGACUGAGAGUGAGACUGAGAGUGAUUCUGAUAGUGAGAUUGAGAGUGAUAUUGUGAGUGAGACUGAGAUGAGACUGAGUGAAUUUGAUAGUGAGACUGACAGCGAGACUGAGAGUGAGACUGAGAGUGAUACUGAGAGCGAGACUGAGAAAAGUGAGACUGAGAGUGAGACUGAGAUUGAGACUAAGAAUGAGACUGAGAGUGUGAUUGUGAGUGAGAAUGAUAGUGAGACUGAGAUUGAGACUAAGAGUGAGAUUAUGAAUGAGACUGAUAGUGAGACAGUGAGUGAAACUGAUAGUGAGACUGAGAGUGAGACUGAGAGUGAGACUGUGAGUGAGAAUACUGAUAGUGAGACUGACAGUGAGACUGAUAGUGUGACUGAGAGUGAGUCUGAUAGUGAAACUGAUAGUGAGACUGAGAGUGAGACUGAGAGUGAGACUGAUAGGGAGCCUGGGAGUGAGACUGUAAGUGAGACAGAUAGUGAGACUGGGAGUGAGACUGAGAGUGAGACUACUGAGAGCGAGAAUGAAAAUGAGAGUGACAAUAAGAGCGAGAAUGAGAGUGAGAAUGAGAAUAAGAAAAGUGAGACUGAGAGUGAGACUGAGAUUGAGACUAAGAAUGAGACUGAGAGUGUGAUUGUGAGUGAGAAUGAUAGUGAGACUGAGAUUGAGACUAAGAGUGAGAUUAUGAAUGAGACUGAUAGUGAGACAGUGAGUGAAACUGAUAGUGAGACUGAGAGUGAGACUGAGAGUGAGACUGUGAGUGAGAAUAGUGAGACUGUUAGUGAGACUGAGAGUGAGACUGAGAGUGAGACUGUGAGUGAGACGACUGAGAGCGAGAAUGAAAAUGAGAGUGACAAUAAGAGCGAGAAUGAGAGUGAGAAUGAGAAUAAGACCGAGACUGAGUUUGAGACUGAGAAGAAGGCUGAAACUAAGAGCGAGAAUGAGAAUGAGAGCGGGACUGAGAAUAUGAGCGAGAAUGAGACUGAGAAUGAGAGCGAGAAUGAGAAUGAUAGUGAGACUGAGAGUGAGACAGAGAGUGAGACAGAGAGUGAGAGUGAGACUGAGAGUGAGACUGAGGUUAAGACUGUGAGUGAGACCGAGACUGAGUUUGAGACUGAGAAGAAGGCUGAAACUGAGAGCGAGUAUGAGAAUGAGAGCGAGACUGAGAAUAUGAGUGAGAAUGAGACUGAGAAUGAGAGCGAGAAUGAGAAUGAUAUGAGUGAGACAGUGAGUGAGACAGUGAGUGAAACUGAUAGUGAGACUGAGAGUGAGACUGAGAGUGAGACUGAUAGAGAGCCUGGGAGUGAGACUGUAAGUGAGACUGGGAGUGAGACUGAGAGUGAGACUAGUGAGACUGAGAGUGAGACCGAGACUGAGUUUGAGACUGAGAAGAAGGCUGAAACUGAGAGCGAGAAUGAGAAUGAGAGCGAGACUGAGAAUAUGAGUGAGAAUGAGACUGAGAAUGAGAGCGAAAAUGAAAAUGAUAGUGAGACUGAGAGUGAGACUAAGACUGAGACUGAGAAUGAGACUGAUAGUAAGACUGAUAGUGAGACUGAGAGUGAGACUGAGAGUGAGACUGAGGUUAAGACUGUGAGUGAGACCGAGACUGAGUUUGAGACUGAGAAGAAGGCUGAAACUGAGAGCGAGUAUGAGAAUGAGAGCGGGACUGAGAAUAUGAGCGAGAAUGAGACUGAGAAUGAGAGCGAGAAUGAGAAUGAUACCGAGACUGAGUUUGAGACUGAGAAGAAGGCUGAAACUAAGAGCGAGAAUGAGAAUGAGAGCGGGACUGAGAAUAUGAGCGAGAAUGAGACUGAGAAUGAGAGCGAGAAUGAGAAUGAUACCGAGACUGAGUUUGAGACUGAGAAGAAGGCUGAAACUAAGAGCGAGAAUGAGAAUGAGAGCGGGACUGAGAAUAUGAGCGAGAAUGAGACUGAGAAUGAGAGCGAGAAUGAGAAUGAUAAUCGUGAGACUGAGAGUGAGAUUGAGUGUGAGACUAAGUUUGAGACUGAGAGUGAGAUUGAGGUUAAGACUGUGAGUGAGACCGAGACUGAGUUUGAGACUGAGAAGAAGGCUGAAACUGAGAGCGAGUAUGAGAAUGAGAGCGAGACUGAGAAUAUGAGUGAGAAUGAGACUGAGAAUGAGAGCGAGAAUGAGAAUGAUACCGAGACUGAGUUUGAGACUGAGAAGAAGGCUGAAACUAAGAGCGAGAAUGAGAAUGAGAGCGGGACUGAGAAUAUGAGCGAGAAUGAGACUGAGAAUGAGAGCGAGAAUGAGAAUGAUAUAUCUGUUGAGAUUCUUGCCAGUUCUUCUCAACUGAAGUAG